CCGCGCAGCUUCCCCGCCCGACCAACUCACUCACCUGGCCGCUUUCCUGCCCCGGUGCCCACCCCUAAUCCGGCAAUAAACAACAACAAAGUUCAUCACGGUGCCGCCUAUAACACCCUCCUCCCUCCCUCCAUCGCUUGACCAUGCCGGGUCUUGUCCCCUCCACCUCCACCUCCCACCUCUUCUGCCGCAGCCUCGCCGCCGCCAGGACGCUCUCCGCCGCCGCCGGACACUCCUCCUCGUCCACCUCCUCCUCCUCCGUCAAGAUGGCGCGCUCGGCGCUGGACGAGGUGACCGACACCGGCGCCUUCGACCGGACGCCGUCCACCUUCCGGAGCUUCGUGUCGAGGGACGCCUCCGCCCGCUUCCCCGCGGUGGCGGGCAGGUACCACCUCUACGUCUCCUACGCCUGCCCCUGGGCGUCCCGCUGCCUCGCCUACCUCAAGCUCAAGGGCCUCGACCACGCCAUCAGCUUCUCGUCUGUGAAGCCCAUCUUCGAGCGGACCAGGGAGUCCGACGACCACCUGGGGUGGGUGUUCCCGGCCAGCGCCGGCGAGGUGCCCGGCGCCGACCCCGACCCCUUCAACGGCGCCAAGAGCGUCAGGGACCUGUACGAGAUCGCGAGCACCAGCUACACCGGCAAACCCACUGUUCCCGUGCUGUGGGACAAGCAGCUGAAGACGGUGGUGAACAACGAGAGCAGCGAGAUCAUCCGCAUGCUCAACUCGGAGUUCAACGGCAUCGCCGAGAACCCCGGGCUGGACCUCAACCCGGCGCACCUCCAGGCCUCCAUCGACGAGGUCAACGGCCUCGUCUACGACGCCAUCAACAACGGCGUCUACAAGUGCGGCUUCGCCAAGAAGCAGGGGCCAUACGACGAGGCCGUCACGACGCUGUACGAGGCUCUGGACAAGUGCGAGGAGAUCCUGGGCAUGCAGCGGUACAUGUGCGGCAACCAGCUCACCGAGGCCGACGUCCGCCUCUUCGUCACGCUCAUAAGAUUUGACGAGGUAUGUUUACGCCGUUCACUUCAAGUGCAACAAGAAGCUCCUGAGGGAGUACCCCAACCUGUUCAACUACACCAAGGACAUGUACCAGAUCCCCGGGAUCAGCAGCACGGUGAACAUGGAGCACAUCAGGAAGCACUACUACGGGAGCCACCCCUCCAUCAACCCCUACGGGAUCAUCCCCCAAGGCCCCAACGUCGACUACAAUGCCCCACAUGACAGGGAAAGGCUGUUCCUGUAAAAUGAAGAAAAAAACGCCGUUUGCUUGUGUGCUUGAGGGUGCUGUGAUUUGCUUUGCUUUGCCUGUGUCCGAAGGUGAAAGUCUUCUUUCGAAUAAUGAUUCCUGUCUCUGCUGUGCGCUGGGAGCAGCAUGCAUGCGUGUCAUAAGGCUCUCUGCAUCCAUGUCGUUUUCAUCCAUUAAUCAGAUGAGUGGAAAAA